GCGCAGGCGACAGCGCGUAGGCCCGGGGUGCGGGGGGCGCAGGCACGGUCCCGCCCCGCCGCGCCCGGAGCGUAAGCACCGCGGCUGGAACCCAGGGGACGCAGGAGGGGAUCGGCCGGCGCCGGGAAGGUCCGGAUCUCCAGGCAGGAUGACUUUGGGAAUCUUUGCAAAUUGUAUAUUCUGCUUGAAAGUCAAACACUUACCUCGUCAACAGAAGAAAAAGCUGCAAACCGAUAUUAAGGAAAACGGUGGAAAGUUUUCCUUUUUAUUAAAUCCUCAGUGCACACACAUCAUCGUAGACAGCGCUGACGUCCUGAGCCGGUGCCAACUGAGCUCCAUCCAAAAGAACGAUGUCCAGAUUGCAAACCCAGAGUUCAUAUGGGACUCCGUCAGACAGCGGAGACUCUUGGAUGUGAAGAGUUAUGACUCAAGCUCACUGGCUCUCACGCCACUCCCAGAGGAAAAGAGCUGCUCUGAAGUGGAAACAGAAGAUCUAUCUUUGGACAACAACCUAGAGAAUGAAAACACCGAAAUCACUGAGGCUUCUGCAGAGGAUGCUGAAAUGCCUCAUUUUCUUCAAGACUUUGAAGUUGUGAAAUAUGACAUCUUGGAAAAAGUGGGAGUGGACCGAGGCCCUGAGACAGUGGUGGUAGAACUUCAGUGUUCCCGAGACCCAGGGGGCUGCCCCUUUGUGAUAUCAGCACACUUCCUCCUGAGUGAUCAAAAGACUAGAAGAGAGAGCACUGGAAAGCAAACCUCUGAAGGUGCAAGUGAAUAUUAUGAAAGUUACAUAGAAGACCUGAAGAGACAAGGAUUUCUGCCCCGAGAACACAUUACAGCUGAAGCAACACAGCUGGCGUCGGAGAAACUGCAGGCAUUGCUUCUGGAGGAGGUCGUAAGUUCGGAUACGCUGAGCCAGGAGGUGAGCAGUUUGGUGGAGAUGAUCUGGGCGGAAGCCCUGGGCCACCUGGAGCACCAGCUUCUCAAGCCAGUGAACAGCAUAAGCCUGAAUGACGUGAGUAAAGCAGAGGGGAUUCUCCUUCUUGUAAAAACAGCACUGAAGAAUGGAGAAACAGCGGAGCAACUGCAAAAGACAAUGGCUGAGUUCUACCGACUGAUACCUCACAAACAUCCAGACUCAGAAGAAGUCAGCCUGAGGUUGCUAGCUCAGAAAGAGGACCUUUGUCAGCUGGUGAGAGACAUGGUGAAUGUUUGUGAAACGAAUUUAUCCAAACCCAACCCACCAUCUCUCGCCAAAUACCGAGCUUUGAGAUGCAAGAUCGAACACGUCGAACAGGAUACUGAGGAGUUUUCCAGGGUGAGAAAAGAGGUGUUGCAGAGCGCUCACAGUGAAUGUCCAGUAGAUGUCUUGCAAAUAUUUACAGUUGGCAGAGUGAAUGAAGCUACAGAGUUUUUGAGCAAACUAGGCAACACGAGGCCCUUAUUUCAUGGAUCUCCUGUGCAGAACAUGCUUGGAAUCUUGUCCCGAGGGUUGCUCUUACCUAAGGUAGCUGAAGACCGAGGUGUGCAAAGAACAGAUGUUGGCAAUCUGGGGAGCGGGAUCUACUUCAGCGACUCACUCAGCACGAGCAUUAAGUACGCGCAGGCAGGAGAGACCGAAGGCUCCAGACUCCUGGUCAUCUGUGACGUUGCCCUGGGGAAGUGUGUGGACUUGGUCAAGAAGGACUUUUCUUUAACUGAGGCGCCACCUGGCUAUGACAGCGUGCAUGGAGUUUCGGGAACAACCUCUGACCCCACAGACUUUGAGGACGAUGAAUUUGUUGUAUAUAAAACCAGUCAAGUUAAAAUGAAAUACAUUGUUAAAUUUUGCAUUCAUGGAGAUCAAAUAAAGGACUUUCAUCCUCAUGAAAAUACUGAAUUAGAGGAACAUAGAGCUGAGCCUUCAGAUGUUUCAAAGAUUGAAGAUUUCCAGUUGCCGGACAUCAAGUCUUCCACCAGUAUCAAAGCUGGCCUUCAGGACGCAGCUGCGAAUGCUGUCCCUCUUGACAGCGUUCACAUCAAAGGAAGAAUAAUAGACUUUGUAGCCCAGGUCAUUGUUUUUCAGACGUACGUGAACCAAAGUCACGUGCCUAUUGAGGCAAAAUAUAUCUUUCCUUUGGAUGAUAAGGCAGCUGUGUGUGGCUUCGAGGCGUUCAUCAAUGGGAAACACAUCGUGGGCGAGAUAAAGGAGAAGGAAGAAGCCCAACAGGAAUACCGAGAGGCCAUCAGCCAGGGCCACGGUGCCUACUUGAUGAACCAGGACAGUCCGGAUGUUUUCACUGUAAGUGUCGGAAACUUACCCCCUCGGGCUAAGGUUCUCAUCAAAAUCACCUACAUCACGGAACUCAGCAUGCAAAGCCCCGUGGCCAUCUUCUUCAUGCCUGCCACUGUAGCGCCCUGGCAACAGGACAAGGCUUUGAAUGAGAACCUUCAGGACACAGUGAAGAAGAUCUGUGUAAAGGAAAUUGGAGCAAAGCAAAGCUUCUCCCUGGACAUGUCCAUUGAGAUGCCCUACCUGAUUGACUUCAUUUCCAGCGGCACACAUGAACUAAGACAAAAGAGCACAGACUGUAAAGCUGUAGUUAGCACUGUGGAAGGCAGUUCCUUGGACAGCAGUGGAUUUUCUCUCCACAUUGGUUUGUGUGAUGCGUAUCUCCCAAGAAUGUGGGUUGAAAAACAUCCAGAAAAAGAAAGUGAGGCUUGCAUGCUUGUCUUUCAACCGGAUCUUGCGGCCACCCUUCCCGACCUCCGUGAAAAGAAUGAAGUGAUCAUUUGUCUUGACUGCUCCAAUUCCAUGGGCGGCGUGACAUUCAUGCAAGCCCAGCAAGUCGCCCUGUAUGCCCUUUCUUUGGUGGGGGAGAAGCAGAAAGUGAACAUUCUGCAGUUUGGCACAGGCUACAAGGAGCUAUUUUCAUAUCCAAAGUAUAUCGUGAGCAACAAAAUGGCCACGGAGUUCAUUACGUCCGCAGCGCCUACCAUGGGGAACACGGACUUCUGGAAAGUUCUCCGCUAUCUAAGUUACCUGUAUCCUUCUGAAGGGCUGCGGAACAUCCUCCUCAUAUCUGAUGGGCAUCUCCAGAGCGAGAGCCUGACAGUGCAGCUUGUGAAAAGAAAUAUCCAGCACACCAGAGUGUUCACCUGUGCUGUCGGUUCUACAGCAAAUCGUCACAUCUUAAGGACCUUGUCUCAGUAUGGUGCUGGAGUAUUUGAAUAUUUUAACUCAAAAUCCAAACAGAAUUGGAAAAAACAGAUAGAAGCCCAAAUGGCCAGGGUGCGUUCCCCAGGCUGCCACUCCGUGUCUGUCAAGUGGCAGCAGCUUAGCAGAGAUGCCCCUGAGCCCCUGCAGGCUCCGGCGAGGGCGCCCUCCUUGUUUCACAACGAUCGCCUCCUCGUCUAUGGCUUCAUUCCUCACUGUACGCAGGCAACUCUGUGUGCAGUCAUCCAACAGAAGAAAUUUUGUACAAUGGUGUCUACUACUGAGCUCCAGAAGACAACUGGGACUCUGAUCCACAAGCUGGCGGCUCGAGCGCUGAUCAGAGAUUAUGAAGACGGCAUUCUCCAUGACGACGAAACCAACCACGAGAUGAAGAAAAAGGUCAUGAAAUCUCUGAUUAUUGAACUCAGUAAAGAAAACUCUCUUAUUACACAAUUUACAAGCUUCGUGGCAGUUGAGAAAAGGGACAGUGAUGAGAUUCCUUUUGCUAAUGUCCCAAGUAUUUCGGAACUUAUUGCCAAAGAAGAUGUAGACCUUCUGCCAUACGUGAGUUGGCAGGAAAAGCAGCCAGAGGCCUUCACAAGGGAGGCAAAGACUGAAACUUUGAGACUAAAGCAAGAUGAAGUCACUAAUGGCAACAGAUUGUCACAGGGAGGGGUCCCGCGUCUGCGGAGCACUGUUCGGGGAGGACUGUGUGGCACAUGCAGUGAAGGAACCAGGGCCAACGCCAUCAUUACGAGAGGUGCGGGCGUGAAUGACCAAUCCUCAAUCUCCUUUGAAGGGAAUGGAAAGCACUUACUGCUACGCUCCGCUAAACAAUGUAAAAAAAAGGCUGUAAAGAUGCAUGCUCUAGCUGGUCCUGAAGAUUUUGGAGGCAUGACCUCAGUACCGCAGGCACGUGCAACCGCGCAGUCUCUCUCCUUCCACACACCUCUCAGUGUCCACCCGCAACUGAAAGAUGCGGAACAGCCCCUGGAUCUGAGCCAGAUGGUGGCAAUGAAAAGACUGGGAUCUCGAAGGCUGCUCAAGGCAACCCUUCAUGGAAAUGAGCCUCCUUCCAUGGUUUUUUCCGCUCCCGCAGCCUCACCUGGGUUUUCUUUCCCUUCUCCCCGCAGCUACAGUUCUGCUUUCCUGCCUCCUCUCUCCAGCAUUCCUACCCCUCUUCGUCCUCUCUUUGGUAGCACCCUUCUUCCCCCUCCCCCUCGUGGCACCCAUCUUCCUCUUUCUCCUCCUCUCCUUGGUAGCACCCACCCUCCUCCCCCUCCCCCUCCCCCUCCCCCUCCCCCUCUCCCUCUCCCUGGUGGCACCCUUCCCCAUCCCCCUCUCCCUCCCCCUCUUGCUGGUGGCACCCAUCCCCCUCCCCCUCCUCCUCCCCCUCCUCCUUCCCCUCCUCCUCUCUUUGGUGGCACACAUCUUCCUCUUUCUCUUCCUCUCUUUGGUGGCACCCAUCCUCCUCCCCCUCCUCCUCUCCUUGGUAGUACUCUUCCUCCCCCUGGUGGUACCCAUCCUCUUCCCCCUCCCCUUCCCCCUGGUGGCACUGCCCAUCUUUCUCCUCCUCCUGUAGGAUUCAGCCCACCUAAGUCGAAUCUAUUUAAGCUCAGCCAAAGCUGUAAGCUUGCCGUAGGUACUACUUUCUCCGCUGGCUUCUCUAGUUCAAAGGAUUUCGAUCCAGGUAAAGUUUCCCAAGUCUCCAAUAUCAUCUUUUCUCCCAAAGCCCCUGAGCUGGAUUCUCUUCACAAGUCACCUUUUCGCAGUCCUCCUAAGCCACCUUCUGUCAGUCCUCUUCUCACCGGGGUUCAUGGCUCUGAGCAUCCCCCGGGUCCCUCUUCUCUUCAGUUUCAAAGUGCCGCAGUCCCUCAGAGCCCUAAUUACAGGAUUUCACAUCUCAGAAGGGAUUCGCUUGAGUCUGCUUACGGAUUAGCUGGAUUAGCUGCUGAUGACAGCGCUCUGUCAUCAGACUUCAUUCUAGAAGAGGUUUUGGCUGCCUCAUUGGAUGGAAGUGCUUUUGAGACAGAAACAGAAGACUGUGCGGAAGAUGUCCUCUGUGAUGAAAGCCGGGAGAGCCCUGUGUCGUGGACUUCACUCUUUGCUCUACAAACCGAGGGUCUCAUAUUAGGAGAGCAGCUUUAAGAGCAUCUUCCGUAGACCAGUUUAAGGAGCCGGUGAGCUGCUCCGUGGAUAAAAGUGCUUGCCACAGGAGCCUAACAACCUGAAUUCCAUCCCUGGAGCCCACAGUGGAAAGAGAACUGAUGUCUGAACGGUCUCCUCUGCCCUCUACACUGUGCGUGUUCACUGCGUAUUCCCCCACACUGCAUACAUGCCCCCCCCUCUCUCUCUCUCACACACACACACACACACACUAAUUAAUGACUAAUUUUUAAAAUUAUUUUAUGUACUUGUUUGGGUUUGUUAUUUAUUUAUUUAUUUAGAGACUAUUUCUUCCUGUAGCUCUGGCUGGCCUGGAACUCACUCUGCGAUCAGGCUGGCCUCGUACUCACAGAGACCCGCCUGCCACUGCCUCCUAGCGCUGUUGUUAAAGACGCACCGCCACCCUGUUUUCUUUUAUGUACAUGCCUGGGGCCUGAGAUGACAGAAACUGAGCUGUAGGUGACUGUGAGCGGCCAUGCAGGGGCUGGUUGAACUCUGGUCCUCUGGAAAAGCAGCCAGUGCUCUUGACUGCUGAACUCUGCAGCCCAAUUUGUACAGUUCUUGAGACAAGGUCUCACACUGUAUCUCUGACUGGCCUUGAACUCACAGGGAUCCACCUGCUUCUGCAUCACCACACCCAGCUGUAAUAAAUAAAACUUUUAAAAAAUGUAAAAGGCCAGAGGGAAAGAGUUUCACAGGUAAAAGCUACAAGCCUGGUAACCCGAGUUUGCACACUGAACCAAUUAAUGUUAAGGCGGAAAGGGAGAAGUGGACACAUAAAGUUGAACUCUGACCUCAAACAUGCUUUGUAUCCUAGUUACCGUGAUGAAGCACUGUGACUCAAAACAAGUUGGGGAGGAAAGGGUUUAUUCAGCUUACACUUCCACAUUGCUGUCCUCACUGCAGGAAGUCCUGACAGUAACUCCCAGGGCAGGAACCUGGAGAAAGGAGGCUGAUUCAAAGGCCACCGUGGGGUUCUCUGCUUACUGGCUUGCUCUCCAUGGCUUGCUCAGCCUGCUUUCCACCACACCAUAGCAGCCCAGGGAUGGCGUCCCGCAAUGGGCUGGCCCUUCCCCGUGAAUACAGCCGUGCCCACAGCUGGAUCUGCGGAGGCAGCUUCUCAGUAGAGCUUCCCUCCUCUAGCUUGUGUCAAGUUGACAUAAACUAGCCAGCACAUGGUGCCACACACGUGUCUUCCCCCGCGUCACACACACGCACACACUUCUAUGUUUAUAAAGAAGCUGUCCGUCUCAAACUAAAUAGGAAUGUACAUUUUUUCCUCCUUUGUAAAUGGAAUAUCUUAAAUACUGAAAAAGGAAUCAUGCUAGGGAAACACUGUACGGGAUAGGACCUAUGAUUAACAAUAUAAUU